AUGAAUACGAACUUGCUGAGAGCGAGACUUACAGAACCCAAAAAUUUUGCAUCUGAAAUUUUGUUCAGCCAGGAUCUUCAGAAAAACGAGUUUGCGAUCACCAGAGAAGAAUUCAAAAGAUGGGCCAUGGAUAUUCCUGAUGUAUUAUAUAAUAAUAUUUCUUCUAGUCUUGAAAAGUUUUCUCUAGUACUACAUGAGUUAAAGAUUAUGAAAUAUAAUUAUAAACUUGAGAAUGAAAUUGAAACUCGAAAACUUCAUGAAAAGUGGAUGUGCGACAACGACAGAGGCUCGCCAAACCUUCAACAUAUUGGAUCCAACAGUAGAUGUGAAAGUAUUAAUCAUGGAGAGAAUAACUACAUCGGAAGAGAACUCACUGAAUCUCCGUCCAUGAAGAAUAAAGAACUACACCUGCCAAGAGCACCAAAUACCCAGAAGAUCAGUAAGCCUAGAACAAAACACCACAAAAUAAAGAAACAAAAGAUUAAGUGCAAGCAUUGUGAGUCCAUCGAAACACCAGAAUGGAGACGUGGUCCUGACGGCUCGAGAACAUUAUGUAAUGCGUGCGGGCUUUUUUAUUCCAAAUUAACCAAACGAUAUGGUACCCAAGAUGCUGUGGUAAUUAUGAAGAACAGAAAAGCUGAAGGACUAAUAAAUGAUAGAACCAUACCCUCACUUGAAGCACUAAAAAGGAUGAUUUGCGAUACAUAG